ACUGCAAGCGCAACAGCGACGGACCCGCCACCCACUCGGCACCUCCCGAGCGGCCGACUCUUCACAAGGACGGUCAACCUCAUUCCCGCUCUUCCGCCACCGUAUUGGGCGACACACCGGGAGCCUUGGACGUCAUUGGCGGUCUCGAAGUCCGUGGCUGACUGGCGGGCAGGAUUCGAAUGCGGUCUAAAUAACAGCGGCUCGCCGACAGUCACUGCUCCUCAGUCUGGAACUCUCACAACCUUGCACACAUCUGAACUUCAUUCGCAUCACAAAUUCUACAAUCAUGUCUGUCAGCAGCGCAUCUUCGCCUAUCGGUGGAGGCGACUACGCGAAGAGGCCCAAGGGCUUCCCUUCUCGCAUCCCGGGUGCAGCGCCUCAGCCCAUCCGCGCUCAAGGCGGUAGUUGGUCGACUAUGGCCGCCGGGAUGGGCAUCGUCGCCGCCGGGCUUCUCAGCUUCUACUAUGCCCAGUUCAGCAUUCAGGGCAAGCGUACCCCGAUGACGGUCAAAAAUCUGACGGAGAUACCGACCUGGCAACUGCGUCACGCCCAGCAGGUUGAGGGCGCCGUAGCAGGGCUUGAGCUCCCCAAGCACAUCGACGACAACUACACGCGGUUCACUCCUGACUUCAGGCCUAACGCAGAGGCCAGCCUUCCGCUCCCCGGAAGGAACCUUCACGGCAGACGCGUUGUCUCCGAUGUCCUCUCUGCGCUCCACGGCAAGGGCCAUGCGGACAACGAUGGUAAUCCCAGGCGUAUUCCUCAGCCCGCUAUGACAAAGCGUCAGGAGGGACACAUGUACACCAAGAACUCCGACUACGUGGAUGGGUACAAGCCUACUCACAAGGUCCGGUAAUUCUCACUGGAUGUUCCCUUAGUCAACUUGCCUCGUCUGUACACUAGUAGGGAAGGAUUAUGCUUCAGUCUGUAAUCAAUGAGCUCGGUGCAACGGAC